CCUCCUUAAUCAACACAAACACAAACGCAAACACUUGUCAUGUUGUGCUCUGAAACCCACUUCCCAAAAUAAUACCUUCUUUAGAAGGGAUUUUGUUCUCUUUGGCCUCACUUCACUCCGAAAAUGGCUUCCUUUGAAGAUGAAUUAAAUGCCUAUUCUUAUCUCUACCCGGUUGAGUUGCCAUCUAAGAAAUUUGUCUUCAAAUGGGUAGAAUCACGAAAGCCUGAGCGAUACUCUUCAGCUGCGCCACUUUCUCCUGACGCUCGCCUGCGCAUUGUAUCGGAGCGUGUUGAUAUUAUUGAUAAUCUUAUCAUCUCUGUCACGAUAGGUCCCCCAAAUUCGAGCAUUAUAAAAACAACGGAUAAGAGUAAAUGGACUGCAAGAGAGGUUGCUGAUUCGGUUUUAUCUGACAAAUCAGCACUGCGAGUUACCUCCAGUCAGCGCUUAGCUGAGAGUUCAGUUCUUGAUACGCAUUCCGGGGAAAUUGAUGGGGAGCCUUAUUGGUAUUAUGAAUACCUUGUUCGCAAAUCACCAAUAAAAGUUACACCGGAUUCAAGUGUCUUUCGCCACUAUCUUGCUUCAACAGCUGAAAGAGAUGGUUAUUUCUAUUCUAUCAGUGCUUCAACUCUUAGCCCACAGUGGGAAAAGAUGGGGCCUUUCCUUGAAAAAUCAGUGAGCUCGUUCCGCCUUUUAAAGCCAACGGAAAAUUAUGUUCCUCCUUAUAAAGAUCCUUGGAGAUUUUGGUGAAUAGAAGAAGGAAAAAAAAAAGAGAUCAAUUUUGUUGUAUUCAUGUAUUGAUUCUUUUGGGAUAUAAUUUAUGCAAGAAAGUUGAAAUCGCAUAUUGUAUUCUUUUGGGUUUGCUGAAAAAGGAAACAAAGAAAUGAUCAGAAAUGGAGUUAUGUAUGUAAUCACGCAACAAUUCCUUUCAUAACAUUGAAUUUGUACAAAAA